UCAUUUAAAAAGCAGACAGUGACGAGUCGCGUUCUAUGUUGGCGAAACGUUUUGUUAGUCAAGGUCUGUUAAAAAAAAUUAAUUAACCAAAAAAUGGAAGUUGAAUCAGAAUAUAAAACAGUAAAGAAAUUAAAACUAUUGAAAAAAAUUAAAUCGAUCGAAGAAAAAUAUUAUUCUGAUGACGAAGUCGACAGUGAUUUUUCAGAAAUUAGUACAUCUAGCAUUGUUACUGAUAGUGAUUGUGAUGAUCUCUCAGAAUAUAGUGAUCACGACGAAAGCGAAAUUGAUAGCGAAGAUGACAAAAACUUCUCAGACAGCAAAAAACAAUCAAUCGAUUUAUCAUCAACAAUUCCGAGCGGAACAAACAAAGCCCCCUCAAUGUUUGAAAAAUUUCUUGCCGAUCUUCCGGAUCGAUGGCGAAAUUGGGUUGUUCGCGGGGUUUUUAGCAUCAUUAUGAUUUCUUUUUUUGCAAUUGUGAUUUAUUAUGGACCUUUAGCACUAGUCGUUACGACUCUUGUCGUUCAAGUAAAAUGUUUUGAAGAGAUAAUUAACAUUGGUUACGCUGUAUACAGAAUACACGGUUUACCAUGGUUUAGAUCAUUAUCAUGGUAUUUUUUGGUCGCAUCAAAUUAUUUUUUUUAUUGGGAAAGUUUGGUCGAAUAUUUAGGAGUGAUGAUAAACCGGACGGAUUUCUUGCGAGUCCUUGUAACUUACCACAGAUUCAUCUCGUUUUGUUUGUACUGCAUUGGUUUCGUUUGGUUCGUUUUGAGCUUGGUUAAGAAAUACUACAUGAAACAAUUUUCGUUAUUUGCGUGGACGCACGUCGCUUUAUUAAUCGUCGUUACCCAAUCUUAUUUGAUUAUUAAAAAUAUUUUCGAAGGAAUGAUUUGGUUUAUAGUUCCCGUUUCGAUGAUUAUUUGCAAUGAUAUUAUGGCGUAUGUUUUUGGAUUUUUCUUCGGGAAAACUCCGUUAAUUAAAUUAUCACCGAAAAAAACUUGGGAGGGUUUUAUUGGAGGUGGAAUCUCAACUAUUUUCUUUGGCUUUUUGAUUUCUUCGUGGAUGUGCCGAUUUCCUUAUUUUAUUUGUCCAAUUUCUUAUAAUGAAACAGUUGGGAUGACUUUAGAUUGUGAACCAAGCGCGAUAUUUAGAUUAGAAGAAUACGUUUUACCUGGAUUUUUAUCGGAGCCUUUAAGCAUGAUUGGGAUCCAACCAACAGUAAAAAUUUAUCCUUUUGCUCUACAUUCGCUCUCGUUAAGUUUAUUUAGUAGCGUGAUAGGUCCUUUUGGUGGAUUUUUCGCAUCAGGAUUUAAGAGAGCUUUUAAAAUAAAAGACUUUGGUGAUGUAAUUCCCGGUCACGGAGGCAUAAUGGAUCGUUUUGAUUGUCAAUUUUUGAUGGCAACGUUCGUAAACGUUUACAUAAGCAGUUUUAUAAGAAAUGAUAGUCCACAAAAACUUUUAACGCAGAUUUUGUAUUUAAAGCAAGAUCAACAACUCGAACUUUAUCAACUUUUAAAGGACUCUUUGGGACAUAGGAACCUCCUUAAUAUGGGUACCUAAGUUGAUUAUUGCGGAUAAAUAAAAAUAAAUGAGAGAGAGACAGUAUUAUUUAAUAUUUUCGUCUUCGAAAUAAAUUAAUAUAAAAAAAAAGAAAUGAAGUUGUUGUAUGUAUUGAGCCAUAGUUUUUAUUGUUGUGUUUAUUGUAAUAUUGUACUUUACAUUGUUUUUCUUUUCAUUUAGAACGGAAAAAAGGAAUUAUAGAAAAUGGAUGAUGAAUAAAAAAACUAUUUUUUGUACGAAUUUUGUGGAUUUGUAAACAAGUAAUUUAGAAUGUUAAUAAAAGUAAUUGAUAUAUUUAUUUAUUAUGGAUUAAAAAGCUAUUUUUCAA